AUGGCUGCCAACGACUACUAUCACACGAACAUCCCACAACCCCCGACCUACGAUCAAGCCGUGCCAGGCAAGUCGGAUCAAACAAAUCACGCUGCCACUACUUUACCUGGAAUCGGUUAUUCAAGCCACAACCCCGACGAUCCCUCAGCCCCUUAUCAUAACCGCGAAAGUCAACAAUCGUUCGCAUCAGACAAUGGACAGUACCAAGCAGCAGGCCGAGCUGGCGACGGGGACCACUACUCAGAAAACAUCCCGCUGAAGGCCAACACACAAUAUGGAAACAACCCGGAUUGGAUGCGCCAACAGACCCAGUAUCCCCCAUCGCCAGGAGGUCUUGAAGAUCGCCGCCAGCGUGAUAGCCGAAAAAAGAAGGGGUUCUUCAGCAAGAAGAUUGCUUGGGUGACAUACCUCUUAACACUAGCCCAAAUCAUCGUUUUGAUUGUCGAGCUGGUCAAGAAUGCCCAAUUGACAGGCUCCGUGAUCGAGACUAAACCCACCUUCAAUCCGAUGAUCGGGCCAUCGCCAUAUGUUCAAAUUUACAUGGGAGCACGCUACAACCCGUGCAUGAAGAAUGUGGAGGGAAUCCAGAACGCCAACGCGACCAUCAGUUGGCCGUGCCCAAACACAACCACCACCACUCCCGAAUGCUCUUUGUCGGAGCUAUGUGCUUUUGGUGGAGUCCCCAACCCCAUUGCCAACGGGUCAACAGACGAUCAACCCGCUCCAAACCAGUGGUACCGGUUUAUCAUCCCCCUCUUCUUGCACGGCGGAUUCGUCCAUAUCGGUUUUAACCUCCUGGUCCAGAUGACCAUGGGUGCCGAUAUGGAGCGCAUGAUCGGUGCUUGGCGGUAUGCGGUGACAUACCUGGCCAGUGGUAUUUUUGGAUUUGUCUUGGGUGGAAACUAUGCCUCCCAGCUUGAACCCAGUGUCGGCUGCUCUGGUGCGCUGUUCGGAAUUCUUGCGCUCUACCUACUUGACUUGCUAUACGACUGGCCUCAGCGCGAGUCCCCUUGGGUCGAGCUGAUCAUCAUGAUCCUGGGAGUGGGAAUUUCCUUUGUUCUCGGUCUUCUUCCGGGAUUGGACAAUUUCUCCCACAUUGGUGGUUUCAUAAUGGGCCUUGCCAUUGGCUUGACCAUCAUGCGGUCUCCCAAUGCUCUUCGGGAGCGGAUUGGACUAGCACGCCAGCCCUAUGUUGCGAUGAGCGGUGGUGCUGGCGGCCAAGAAGGUGGGCCCAACCGAAAGACCGUCUCUUUCAUGGACUUUUUCAAGGGCAAGCGAGGUCUCACCUCCAGCUCCUCUGAGAAUCUGGGCGAAAGCAAAGGCCCGCUUUACUUCUUUAAAGGGCGUAAGCCUCUUUGGUGGUUGUGGUGGGUUGUUCGCGCUGGAGCUCUGGUUGCAGUACUGAUCGGCUUCAUCAUGUUGAUCGUUGAUUUCUAUAAAUACCCCUCCACCAACUGCUCAUGGUGCUAUCGGUUGAGCUGCCUACCCGUCAAUGGCUGGUGCGAUCAGAACAGCUUGACCACCACAACUACCAAGAGCACCUGA